AUGGAGAAGAAAAUGAAAGCUUCUCUACAAUUUCUUCUUGCUAUCAUGCUUGUGAUGUUGCUCUUCUGCAUGGCAAAGGUGUCAUGUGCUGACCCUGAAGCCAAGAUCCAUAACUAUGUCACUGGUUCUGAGGUAGUGAAAGGACCAACUAAAAAACUUUUACCAUUUGUGGAUUGUGGAGCAAAGUGCGAGGCUAGGUGCAGUGCACACUCAAGGAAGAAGAUAUGCAUAAGAGCAUGUGGAACAUGCUGUUCAAGGUGCAAGUGUGUUCCACCAGGGACUUAUGGCAACAGAGAAGUGUGUGGAAGGUGUUACACUGACAUGGUUACUCAUGGCAACAAGCCCAAGUGCCCCUAGAAUCUAAGAUAGUAAGCAUGCCAAGCUGUCCAACCCUCUUUUCUUACUAUUCUUAUUAUAAUAUUGUUAUAUCUAUAUAUAUCUAUUUUCCCUCUGGACUUGGUAUUUGAUAAAUUGUAAUUAUCUAUCUACCGUGUUUUAUCAUAUCUAUGUAUGUUAUGCUAUCUGUAAUGCAUAAUGAUAAUGCUGGAUUGCUGGUAUAAAUUGUUUAAUAAAUAAAUAAAGAAGUAUGGAUUUUAUUUCUAA